GGGCACUUGCACCAUGCAUACAGACAAAUGAGAACGUCAAAACUGGACGGAAAAAGGACAAGUGAGCCUGCCCUCUAUCCAUGAUAGUCAGCCACAUGCAUGCAAUCCAUGAGAUGCAAUCAACACACACAUGAACCAACGAACGAACGAACCACCAUCACAUGCAUCACCCACUCCCCCCAUUGUAUGCACAUGCAUAUGUACGACCCCGUCACGGGUGCGUCAUGCUGACAAUACCCCAGGUCUUCUCGGUUCCCGACUGGUUGACCUCCCUGACGUUCUGGGCCCACUCCACGUGCCCGUCCCACAGCACGCCCGCCUCCUCGUCCUCGUCCAUGUGCACGCCCCACGGCAGCGCACCCAACGCACCCAGCUGCCGCCGCCCCGUACCCGUGCCCAGGUGCCGACCGAUGACAUUGAGCGGGUGGGGCGAGCCCGGCGUCUCCUGCCUUGGCGGGAUCUGCAGCGACGGCUCGGUGGUCUUCUCGGCCUCUGUGGGGCUCUCGAUGACCACCCCACUGUCGGGCUUGCCGAGUGCGGUGUCGGUCUUGCAGUCGACCCCCGGGAGGGUGAGAGUGACUUGGGGGGAGCGGCCGGAGCGGCGGGCCGAAACAGGGGGCGAGAGGACGUGCAGGUGGGCCUCUGCGCAGCUGUCGAGCUCGAUCUUGGCGUGCUUGUGGUGUGUGUGGUGCACGGCCGAGUAGAUGACGGCGUCGUGCAGCGAGAGGAAGCAGUGGUCGGCCGGCACAACCUUGAAGAACUCAGCACGAUCUGAGCAACGACACGCAGAACAAUCGUCAUCGGGGACCAUGGAAGCUGUAUGGUUUUGCGUGCCCACGUACCGAGGAAGUCUCUCAUGGGUCCCUUCCAGUUGGCGAAGAGCAAGUCCAUCUUUUGGUCCUGGAACCACUUGGCCAGUCGCUCGAGCAUGCCCAUGGACGUGGCGUCGAGCGAGUUGAUGCCGCUACAGUCAAUAAUGACCGUGUGUGUGGCCACAUCCCCGUCCCCGCCCUCCUCCUCGUCCUUGGGCGGCCUGCGAUCCGAUUUGCUGCCGGUGGGCUUGAUCAUGGUCAGCAGCUUGCUCUCAAAAAAUUCCGCGUUAGAAAAGUUAAGGUCGGCGUCGAAGCGGAAGAUCUUGACGCCGGGGAUCUCGCGCGCAGUGGGGAAACGCUCAAUCUGACGAAAGCAAAACGGCACACAUGGCCCUCGCUGCCUGCCAUUGUUGUGAUGGUAUGUGUAUUGGGCCAUCCAUACCUCCUGGUAGCUGGAUGUGCCGGGGAGGCGGCCCAGGAUGGUGGCGUUUGGCCGGGCGCUUUUCUUGAGGAGCCAGAGGAGCGAGAGGACGACCGCGACGAUGAUGCCCUCCAUGGCCCCAAGGGUGGCGGUGACGAGGAAGCACGCCGCCCAGAGGUAGAAGUCGGGGUUCUUGAACUUCCACAGACGACGGCCCUCCUGGAAGUUGAUCAUGCCUGAUGGAGGGAGACACAGACGUGGACAGACCAAACAUGCAGAUCGCUCGUGUGUCGGACCGUCCGGUGUGUCACCCACAGUACCAUAUGUGCCGAAGAAGACGACGGACGCGAGCGCAGCGUAGGGGAGGUAGUAGAGCAGCGGGGUGAUGAGCGAGAGGGUCAGGGCCACCACAGCGACGUUGGGCAGGGUGUGCAGGAUGGUCUUGGCGCCGACAGAUGAGACCACCCCCACCCGCGAGACGGCGUUGGCCGCUGGGAAGCACUGGAACAUGGAGCCCACCAGGUUGGUCAUGCCGUACGCGAGCAACUCCUGCUCAGAGUCAAUGCGGUACCUGCACACACCAACAACCAUGGGCAUGGGAAAAGGCCAACUGGUUGCCAAUGCCUUGCCUUCCUCCCUGCCCCUGCCUGCACGUACCCGUGUUUCUUGCCGACAGUCUUCGCGACGGAAAUGUGUAUGAUGUAGAACAUGACAGCCAGGGGGAUGGCCUGCUGAAACAGUUGCAGGAAGUGCGCCUUGAAGUGCGGCACGUCGGGUACGGGGAAGCCCUGCGGGAUCUCGUGGAGGAUCCUGAGGUUGAAGGGGGCCUCGUUGAGCUUGAACAGCCAGGUGAGGAAGGUGAAGAGGACCAUGACGAUCAGCUGCCCCGGCAGCGGGAACUUCUUGAAGUAGCGGCCGUUGAUCCACUUGACGAGAAACAGGAUGAUCAGCCCACUGACACCUGCCAACCACACACAUACCGGGGAACUCGUGAAUUGGUGGGUCGUGUGCCGUGUUCUGAUCUGCGCGUGUGCGGGAGGGAGAGGGUACUGUCUGUCGUGUCUCGCUGCUAUGUCUCUGUUCUGUGUUGAGUGAGACGGGCUGCUUACACAUGGUGAAUGCGGUCCAGUUGGUCUGGGGUAUGUUGGUGAGGAUGUGCCACCACUGCUCCACCUCGAAGUCCGUCCGCGGCACCGGGAAUCCAAACAGAUCCUUCAGCUGAGACGUGCCGAUCAGAAAUGCAGCACCUGCACACACACACACACACACACACAACCAUACGGAUAGGUUGUCGCGAUAGCACCUGCCUCUGUGUUUCUCUGCGUGGCUCACCGGUUGUGAAUCCCGACAGGACGGGAUCGGCGAGGAAGUCGGCCACCAUGCCCACCCGCAUCAGCCGCAGCACCAUGUGAGACGCGCCCACACACACCGACAAACUGAUCGUCACUGGUAUUCGCUCCGUCAACGGGGCGUCCCAACUGAUGGGGAGGGACACAAGCACACACAGACACAAAACAGAUGUGCGGGUGGGUUGGUGGGUUGUGGACUUGGUUGUGCCGCCAUCGACUCACCCGAUGACGUGUGCGACGGCCUCAGCGCAUAGGAUGGAUUCGAUGGCGGACGUGCCGAUGGAUGCGUGGUGGAAGGUGCCGAAGAGCAUGUAGAUGAGGGGCAGAAACAGUUGGUUGUACAGGCCGUACACGGGGGGCAUGUUGGCCAGCAGCGAGUAGGACAUGCCCAUCGGGAUGGCCAUGAUGCCCUCAGCAAUACCUGGGUGUGGGAGAGCAAACAAGCAAACACGAAACCAGUGCGUUCUCUCCCCUUCCAUCUCCCGUGUAUGUGUGUGGGUUGAUGUGAUGUGUGACACGUACCUGCCGUGAUGUCAUCGCCGAGGAAGCCGGCCUUGUACUUGGUCACGAAACCCAGGAUGGGGAGGAACCGCUCCACAGUCACCUCCUUGAUCUGACCACACGCACACGGACAGCGAGUGCCAUCAGACGCGGAUCCUCCCCCUCCCCCCUCUGUGCCCCCUCCCCCUCCUCCCUCCCUCCCAGCUCACCGAUUCCUUGGCGCACUCUGCAACAUAGUGGUGCGGCUUGGUGGGGGUUGGCUUCUCCUCGAGCGUCUGGAGGAAGCUCUCCGUCCGCAGCGUGAUGGUCUGCUUCUCCGAGUUGGCCUUGGCGUCCUUGAUGCCCGCCUUCUUGUUGUCGCCCUCCCCUCCAACACCUGCCUGUCCGUUAGCCAUGACCAUCGAGCUGCUGCCGCUGGGGAGGGUGGACACCAUCGAGCACGACACCGACGCACCGAUGUUGGACGAGAAGGUCGUGGCGUUGCCGUCAUCUGACGACUCGCAGGAGGCAUCUGUGACGUGUGAGGGGACUGGGGGAAGCCGCUGCACGCUGUACUUGUCCGCUGACGGGUCUGAUGUCGGUUGCUGACCACCCAUCGCUGGAUCUCUGGCGCAAAACCGAGAGAGGGAGAGAGUAGAAC